GACUGGCAAAUUCUUAAAGAAGAUGAAUCUGGUUCACUUAAAGCUACAAUAGAAGACAUUCUUUUCAAGGCAAAGAGAAAAAGAGUAUUUGAGCACCAUGGACAAGUACGACUUGGAAUGAUGCACCACCUUUAUGUGGUAGUAGAUGCAUCAAGAACAAUAGAAGACCAAGAUUUAAAGCCUAAUAGAUUGACAUGCACUUUAAAGUUGCUGGAAUACUUCAUAGAAGAGUAUUUUGAUCAAAAUUCUAUCAGUCAGAUUGGAAUAAUUGCUAAAAGUAAAAGAGCUGAAAAACUGACUGAACUCUCAGGAAACCCAAGGAAACAUAUAACAUCUUUGAAGAAAGCUGUUGAUAUGACGUGUCAUGGAGAACCAUCUCUUUAUAAUUCUCUAAGCAUGGCUAUGCAAACUCUAAAACACAUGCCUGGAUAUACAAGUAGAGAAGUCCUAAUCAUCUUUAGCAGCCUUACAACUUUCAAUCCAUCUAAUAUUUAUGAUCUAAUCAAGACCCUAAAGGCAGCUAAAAUUAGAGUGUCUGUUAUUGGAUUAUCUGUAGAGGUUCAGGUUUGCACUGUACUUGCUCGUGAAACUGGUGGCACAUACCAUGUUAUUUUAGAUGAAAUCCAUUACAAAGAAUUGCUAACACAUCAUGUUAGUCCUCCUCCUGCCAGCUCAAGUUCUGAAUGCUCACUUAUUCGUAUGGGUUUUCCUCAACACACCAUUGCUUCUUUGUCUGAUCAAGAUGCAAAACCCUCUUUCAGCAUGGCACAUUUGGAUAAUAACACUGAGCCAGGGCUUACAUUAGGAGGCUAUUUUUGCCCACAGUGUCGUAAAAAGUACUGUGAACUUCCUGUUGAAUGUAAAAUAUGUGGUCUUACUUUGGUGUCUGCUCCACAUUUGGCACGGUCUUACCACCAUUUAUUUCCUUUGGAUGCUUUUCAAGAAAUUCCCCUAGAAGACUAUAAAGGAGAAAGAUUUUGUUAUGGAUGUCAGGGGGAAUUGAAAGACCAACAUGUCUACGUUUGUCCUGUGUGCCAAAAUGUUUUCUGUGUAGACUGUGAUGUUUUUGUUCAUGACUCUCUCCACUGUUGUCCUGGCUGUAUUCAUAAGAUUCCAACUCCUUCAGGUAUUUGAUUCUAGCAUGUAGUAUACACUGU